UCCACGUCCAGGGGUAUGGAGAGACGCAGCAGUGCUGGCAAGGCCAGCCAUCGCUCCAAGAAGCUGGCCAUCCUCUCCAGAUCGCUGAUUCUGUGCCACUCAAAGACCAGUGACGAUGGCUCCAGCCCAGAGGAGAGGUACUGUGAACCUCGUGAAGGGGAGGAGGACAGGCACUGGGGUGCACCAAUUGCUGGGCCUGUCUCCUGUCCUGAAAACAUCUCCACCGUCACAGAGGCACCACCACGGGCAUCACAGAAAACCACAGAACAACACAGGAGGAGCUUGAGGAGAUCCUUCUCCAUUAAGGAAAGCAGUAUCUGGAGAAUGUGUGUAGCCACUGGGGAGGAGGGUUUUGGACUCCAUAUAGGUGAUAGCAACCCCCAGCAUGGUGACAAAGAGAGCACUGUGGGCCAAGGGAGAAAUGGAGGAGCGAUAUGCAGGGAGACAUACAUACCAUUUGGUGAGAAGAUUGUUCCAUUUAAUGGUCAGGUCUUAAAUGGCCACUGUAAUGAAGCAGAAGGGGAAAGGCUGACUGCUGCGAGAGUCGUCCGCAUACCGAGCACGACUGAUGUGCCUAUUAUGGAAGUAUCGGAGGACAGCAGCAGGAAUGGAGAAGACCAGAAUUCUCAAGACCAGACAACCUGCAAAAGAACUCGUUCCAACUCCACCAGCGUUCACCCCUACUGGAUUGGAGAUUUGGACACGAUCAUCAUGAAGACGCCAGAGCUGUUUCACAGCCACACCCAUGGCAACGCAGGCUUUUAUGGGAACAGGAAAUCUCUUUCCCAACAGUUGGAGUUUCCUCACACUAUUCCACAGGCUGUACCCAGACCUUCUCGAUCCCUCAGUUCAGCACACAUACUCCACUCCUGCAGCAGCAUGCAGGCCUUCAUCAUCUGUAAUAUAGUCCUCAUGAAGGGCCAUGGAAAGGGCCUGGGCUUCAGUAUAGUGGGAGGCAGAGACAGCAUGUAUGGGCCUAUGGGGAUCUAUGUGAAGACCAUUUUCCCUGGGGGAGCCGCUGCAGCAGAUGGUAGACUGCAGGAAGGAGACGAGAUUCUUGAGCUGAAUGGAGAAUCUUUGCACGGUCUCACCCAUGAGGAUGCGCUGCAAAGAUUCAAGCAAGUAAAGAGGGGUCUUUUGACACUUGUGGUCAGGACCAGUCUGCGUGUAGGGGCUUUGUCCAGUCAGACUCAGGUGGCUCAGCUCUGCAGAUCCAGGUCCCUGAGCUCCAGUGCAGGCAUCAGCAGAGUCAGUGCUGACCUGGGAGACUAUAAGUGUCUAAAUAAUCCUGCCAAGCCCAGAGAUCGUAUCAUGAUGGAGAUCACACUUAACAAGGAGGUUGGUGUAGGUCUGGGCAUUGGGCUAUGCUGUGUGCCAUCGACAGACGGCUGCCCUGGCAUCUACAUCCACACACUAUCACCAGGUUCCGUUGCACAUAUGGAUGGACGGCUAAGAUGUGGGGAUGAGAUCAUGGAGAUUAAUGACACGGUGGUUUGCAACAUGACACUAAACGAUGUGUACACAGUUCUGAGCCAGUGCAGCCCUGGUCCGGUUCAAGUCAUCAUCAGUCGUCACCCUGACCCAAAAGUCUCUGAGCAGCAGCUGAAUGAAGCGAUUGCCCAGGCUGUGGAGAACAGCAAGUUGAAGAGAGACAAGAGUCAGUGGAGUAUGGAGGGUAUAAGGCGUGACCCCUGCACCCACAACAGGCAGAAAUGUGACCGAUGUUUGGAGAGGAGCUUUAGUCAACAGACGGCCUGCAGACGGCCACAGAAACCAAUGACACGCUCCUGCAGUGAGGGCACAUAUAGCCAGCGCUGUGUACCAGUCACUGGCAUUGCACUGCCCUGUCACCAUGCUGAUCACAUCGCCAGGGAACACAGCAUGGAUGCUUCCUUGACAACCAAUGGCGAGCCUUCAAAUCACAGGGUGUCCCCUAUGUCUUAUGCUGAUGAUGACUACAAUGUACCUUACAACUCUCCUGCUCUAUGCAAUGGUCAACAGCAACUGGACGUGGCUUUUGAGGCAGUGAAGGUUUCCAAACCCAGACAAGUGGCCCCUAAACAGAGAUACUGCAGGCGGCAGGAUGUAACCAGUGAGGAAACGCUGACUGACUCUGCCGACUCCAGCAGAGGUUCACCAGUGAAAGAGGAAGACCUAAUGCCUGUGCAAACCGGCUGUGAGUACUUCUGUAGUCUAUACAAGGCUUUGAGAAAGUUCUCAAGGCUUCUAUUUAAGAAUGUACGUAAUGUUUCACAGUUCCUCUUCCAGAAUCCAGGAUCUCCUGUCCAUGCAUGUAGCAAGAAAAAGAGAGCAGCUCUGAGACGACAAGCUUGUGUGGUGCUAACCCAAGAUCAGCAUUUGGACCCCUGGGUGAGGAUAACAGACAGCAGGGAGAACCAGACACACUGUCCUGAGACCAUGAGUGAACACGAAUCGAACAGCGAAAUGAAUGGCACCGCAAAACCUGAGGAUCUUCCCAGUGUUAAGAAGGGACCUCCAGUGGCCCCAAAACCAGCGUGGUUUCGGCAGAGCCUGAAGAAUGUUAAGGCUGGAAAGCUGCAACCUGAGGCCCUGAGGGCUCCUAAAAACAAAAAUCCGGAAGUGAGUCAGACCUUUGGUGUGAGUUUGAGGUCUACCUCAAAUCUGUCAAUCAAACAAAAAAUCAACUCAUUUGAGACAUUUUCCAGUCCUGAGCCAGUGGAGAGACACUCCAGAACUCGUCUACCUGACACAUGCUCAUCCCUGCCUGCAAGGGAGAAACUCCCAGUAAGAAGCGAACAUACAUCAUCAUUGGAAGUGGACAAAAGCAGGCCUGCUGUCUGUAACACACCAGAAAAGCCUGAUACCCCCCCUGCUAGUUUGUCCACUACUGUCUGUCCCCCUGAGGAGACAGAGAAACCAACUUCUGAAGAUACAAAUGCAAGCCUUGAGGCUGAUGAUUCAUCCACCACUGAGGAGUCCCCUCAGAACACUGUGGCCUCCUCAGAUGAACCAGCAACUGUCCUUGAGAAAGAACUUGAUGAAGCUUCUUGCCCUGGAGACUCAUCCACCACUGAGGAGGCCCCUCAGAACACUGUGGCCUCAGAUGAACCGGCAACUGUCCCUGAGAAGGAACUUGAAGAAGCUACUUCCCCUGGAGACUCAUCCUCCCUUGUUCAUUGCCCCAGGAGGGCCAGCAGCUCCAAGGGGAUGCCUUCAGAAAAGGCUCUUUUGACAGAGGAAGAAAGCAAUCACUCAGCAAGCUUGAGGACCAGGAGUCUGCCUCUUAAUGCCUCAUCAUCUCCAGAGGCCCUGCGUGGUCUGGAGGGAGAGAGUCUGGGGAAGAUCUUGUCUUUCAGCAACCAAGUAUCUCAUGCCCUCAUGCGGUCCAUGCAAUCCCUUCCUCAGUCACCGUGUCUAAAACUUGGUAACCCUUGGAGUGCUCCACCUGCAUCCCCACUCCUCACUACCACAGAGGAGGAAGAUUCACCAUCAGCUGAUAGGAACCCUCUCUCUCCAGGCCCAGACAGUAGUGAGAAGGGAUUCUCUGUAAGCUUGGCUGAGCUCAGAGAAUGUACAAUUGAAAGAGGAGAGGAGCGUGCAUCAGAUGAGAAAGGACACGAACGUCCUCCCACCACACCCUCAGCAGUAUGUGCUCAAUCGGUGAUCUCGGCCCUGCCACCCGAGGAGAUCCAGAGGAUGAUCCAGGAGGUCAAAACGCUAGACGAGGACACACUGAAGCAACUGGAAGACAUCCAUGUUGUGAUUUUGCACAAGGAUGAGGGGGUUGGCUUGGGUUUCAGCAUUGCGGGUGGUAUUGACCUAGAGAACAAAGCAACCACAGUGCACAGGGUAUUCCCCCAGGGUGUGGCUGCUCAGGAAGGCACUAUAGAGAAAGGCGAUGAGGUGCUCUCCAUCAACGGUCAAACACUGAAGAAUGUGACCCAUGCAGAAGCCACGGCGACGCUGAGGCAGGCACGCUCGCUCAGGCAGGCGGUGGUAGUGGUGUGUAAGAGCAAAGACACAGGGGGAAAUGGAAGCAAUGCUAAUGACCCCAGCUGUAGCAGUGGUACUGAAGUUAGCAACACAGGAGAAGAGGGGGGUGAUGUAGUGACCAUGGAGUUGGAGAAGAACGCAGCAGGAGUAGGUUUCAGUCUAGAAGGAGGAAAGGGCUCCAUUCACGGAGAUAAACCAUUGGUCGUAAACAGGGUCUUCAAAGCUGGUAUAGCAGAGCAGAGAGGAUUACAAUGUGGUGACGAGCUACUGCAGAUCCAGGGCUCAGCACUGCAGGGUCUCACACGCUUUGAGGCCUGGAAUCUCAUCAAGAACCUUCCAGAAGGGCCCUUCACGGCCAUCAUUAGGAGACAGACAGCCCAACAGAGUUAAGCUAAUCUCUACUGCAGCACAACCACCAGAUCAGCAUACACACUGGACUGCCACA